CUUGCAUUGCCCAGAAUCGUGUUGGACAUCCUUAUUUAUUUAUUUUUGGGCGGCAGGGACAGACAUCCCAAUUCCCAAUUCCAUACACAGUCAGAAAUAUAAUUACGCGGACACAUCGACUGAAAUAAAGAAUCGACAUGUCAGAAAUAGUACCCCCAGAAGUGAGACCCAAACCUGUUGUCCCAGCCAAACCUUCUCAUGUCAGCCAGCCGCCAACUUCAAUGCACAGCUCUCAGGGAUCGGGGGUGGGAGGUCAAGGGUCUGGUGGUGGAUCGGCCUUGCUGGGAUACAUUGGGAUUGACACCAUAAUUGAACAAAUGAGGAAGAAGACCAUGAAGACUGGGUUUGACUUUAACAUCAUGAUAGUAGGUCAAAGUGGUCUGGGGAAGUCCACCCUCGUGAACACACUUUUCAAGUCCCAGGUGAGCAGGAAGAGCUCUGGAUGGAGCCGUGAUGAGAAGAUCCCCAAGACUGUGGAGAUCAAGAGCGUGUCCCAUGUGAUCGAGGAAGGUGGAGUGAAGAUGAAGUUAACUGUAGUUGACACUCCUGGCUUUGGAGACCAGAUCAACAAUGAAAACUGUUGGGAACCAAUUUCAAAGUACAUCAACGAGCAAUACGAAAAGUUCCUAAAGGAGGAGGUGAACAUCGCUCGCAAGAAAAGGAUCCCUGACACCAGAGUACACUGCUGCCUGUACUUCAUCUCUCCUACGGGUCACUCGUUGCGGCAGCUGGAUAUCGAGUUUAUGAAGCACCUCAGCCGUGUGGUCAACAUCAUUCCUGUCAUCGCCAAAUCGGACACACUGACCCUGGAGGAGAAGAACGAGUUCAAACAGAGGGUGAGGAAGGAAUUAGAGAUGUGUGGCGUGGAGUUUUACCCUCAGAAGGAGUUUGACGAUGACAUGGAGGACAAGAGCGACAAUGACAAGAUCAGGGAGGCCAUGCCUUUUGCAGUGGUGGGCAGUGAUAAAGAGUACCAGGUCAACGGCAAACGGGUUCUGGGGAGAAAGACCGCUUGGGGGGUGGUUGAAGUUGAAAACCCAAAUCACUGCGAAUUCGCACAACUACGAGAUUUUCUGAUCAGGUCUCACCUGCAGGACCUUAAGGAGGUCACGCACAACAUCCACUAUGAAACGUACCGCGCCAAGAGGCUCAACGACAACGGAGGCCUGCACCCCAUCCCUACCUCGGCCCCCAACGGCACGCAAGAGAGCAACCUGUGAGCACGCAGGGGAGAAAGCACAGCUACGCCAGGGAGUGACAGAGGUGGCGAUUCCAGUUCAUGUCCUCAUAGCAUCACUGCAUGCACGUGUCAUGGCAGUAAAAAUGUGUUACUCUGUGUUUCUGAGAAUACUCUCUGUGUGUCCCUUCAACUCUCUCUCCACCCUUUUGCCAAUUAAACCUUCUAGCCACGCCUGGGAGGAUCUGUUGAUUCAUGAGUGCGAGAGUGAUAGAGGUCACCUAAGUUUGAAUCAAUCAUUUAUGUUAAUGUUUGAAAUUUAUUUCAGUGCCACUGCAUGGGUGAAUGAGUUAAUUGCAGUUUUGCAGAUUUGUUGUUGCCUCCACCUUUUUUCAUGUGUGUCACUCUGAACUCGUUCUGCUGUCCUUAAUCCUGUAUUAUGUAGCAUUUCAUUCCUCUUUUCUCAGUCACUGCUUUAAUGUACCUUCUAUCACUUUUAUUGUACUCCUUCAUUGGAAGACACCAUUACAAGUUUACAACUGUCUCCAUGACUUAUGAUUAUUCCAUGAAGAUUAGUAACUAUAGUUACCAUAGAAAAUGGUGGUGUUGGAAGUUCUUGUUGCAUUGCAAUACAUACUGCUCACAGUACAACCAAUGUUGAGUACUGGUACUGCCCCUUUUCUGUUGUAGAGCUGGAACCUGGCUUACAUGAGCACAAGCCAAAACUUAGCAAGAUACAUAUUUCCACGGCAUUAUCAACAAAGAUCUGCCAUGUUGCAUGACAUCACACAUUUUUGGAAAGUUAAGCAGUUUUUCCAAAUGUUUUCAGUGCGCUGUUUUGCACUAAAAUUCAAGUCAGCUGUCAGUUUCCUGAUCUGGUGGUGACACUUUCCAUUGUAAAGCAUUUAUUCUAAGGGCUGAUGAAUUGCAGCUGCCUUCCCACAUGAACAAGACUGCUUGAAUUUAAUCUUCAAUCCAAAGUUAAGGCUGCCAACAAAACUACAAACAUUUCAUCACCUUCUCAGUUUUUGCCCUUCAUUCAUUUGUCUAUUCUGGCUUCCAGAACCAGUAAAGAGUAGAGAGUUAAACAGUUUGUUUAAUGGUCAACAUUUAACCAGUUGUGUCACAUAAGGGUAAUUCAUUUGGUACAAUCACACUGUAUGUAUACGCAUGUGGGUUUGCCAACUUUUGUCUACUUUAUCUUGUCAUUUAAUGUGCGUUAUCUAUUGUAAACAUGAUCAUUGUUUUUCAAUGGGAAAGACAAGAUGUAUUUUAAUGAGACAAGAUGGUUGUAUGGGAUAUAUUGUAUGUAUGGUGGCUAGUACACGCUUUCAUAUCUAUACAUACAUUCAUUUCUUAAGACUAAUAUUACAUUCAUGCAAUACAGCAGUAUGCUCUUAUUUAUAGAUACAAUCAGUCAUAAUUUAUAAAUGUGAACUCUCUUUAUCAGAUAAACCACUGUUGAGUCUUUAAAAUUAAUGUCAGUGAUUGCAUUACCUCUCCCUGUGACAAAAACAGACUGUCCAUAUCUCUGUUGGUCAAUACACCAAUUAAUAUAAUUUGUAUUUAUUUAUUUAUUUAUUUUUUGUUACAACUGUAAAUACUUGUCUGUAAUUUUUAUUGAAACUUGUAACAAUAUCAUUGUGAGUGUUAUUGUAGCAUUAUUAGGCGAUUUUAUUCCUUAUUGUAAUCUGUAAUUGAUUUCAUCAGUAUGUUUUUUAUCACUUUUUGACCCCCGACCCUCUGUUCUCUUGCAUCAUUUUCUCUGUCCCCUCCUUGUGCCCACAUCUUCCUUCUGUGUUGUUUUUGCCAAAUCAUAUGUAUUCGACGACAAAUACAAAUAACACAAGAAACAUGUUUUAUGUCACAGUUAACAUUGUUUGUAAGAAUGGAUUUUUUGUAAAAAAAAAAAAAGGAGAAUAAACCGUGCACCUCUUUA